AUGUCGUUGCAGGUGCACCAAGACAGUGGUUACCGCUUGGCGGGUACAACCGCAGCCCCUGACGACGCAGUCGCCUUGGAUCGGGUCGCCUUGGCCUUCCUGCGUGGCGAGCAAAGCAGAGAAGCCAGUGACAGAACGAACGACAGCGACGUCGCCUUCAAGAAAUACAAAGGUCCACCUGAACGUGCUGCUGCCUACGACUCUUUGCUCGCCUUCGACCAUUGUCUUCGAAUCAUGCAUGAUGAUUCCGGCUUGCAGGCUUUCCUGCCAAAAGAAGGCGAAGGUCAGGAGGCAGAGGACUUGCGGCACAAACCCAUUCUUUCUAUCACAUCGGACCACGGCUCCGAGCAAGAGUCAGCCCGAUGGUUUCUUCUUUACGAACUCGGGUGUCGCGGGCUGUUUCUGUACGACGUGCGGCAUCAACUGCACAGGGAGUUUGAAAAUGCCACGAACCUUGCAGGCAUGCGAAGCAAGAUGAAAAUGGCACAAGCCAUACUUUCUUAUUGCAGGGGGCCCUACAAAGGCGCCAAGUGGUUUCGCGUCCUCCAAGAAGAGGCCUUCGACUUCGCGAAGACCCUGGCCUUGGCUCAGGACGGCGCUGGGGAGGUCCUGCUGAAAGCCAUCGCACCCCGGGUGGCCCGGGAGAAGGGCUUGAGUGCGGAAGAGUGCAGUCCGAAGGCUCUUCUCAAGAUGCUUGAGGAAGCUCGCUUCCUCCGGUCGUACACCGGCAGCGGCAACUUCUCACGCUGGGACGAGUUUCACUCCGCAUGGCGGAGCCGCCGAGACGAGAGCGGGCUGCUGCUGCUCAUGCAGUCUUACUGCCUGCGAGCUGGCAUUUUGAAAGGGUCGUCUUCGGGUGUCGACUUCGCCUUCGGUGUCGCGGAAGCGGCGGCCGCCGCCUCUGCAACGGCCAAGGCGGAGAAGGAAGGCUCCAAGACCAUGAAGGAAGCCAAGGCCGCGACCACUGCCUUGUACAACAGGUGCAAGAACAAGUUCCACGUGGUCUGUCUGCUUCUCAUGGACUUGGACCUCAUGACCGCCUUGAACAGCUGGCAUGCAAUCACUUUUCCUCUGUCCAGACAGUUGAACACUUUGCGUAAAGAAGUCGGGGGAAGGCAAGGCGCUUUGGCCAUGUGGCGUUCGUUCGCCUUGGGAGACUGGAUUUCCGUUGUCUCUGAAAUGCACGACGCCAUGAAAUGCACGACGCCAUUUUCGAUGCCGAUCUUCAUCGUCGCCUUGGCCUUCUAA